AUGGAUGUGCUGGUGAAAGAAGUGAAGAAGGAGGUGCCAUGGAACAUGAUGUUUGCGGAUGAUGUGGUUCUUUGUGAGCAGAGCAUUGACAGACUUGAGGAAAUGCUGGAGGAUUGGAGGAAGGCACCAGAAGAAAGAGGGAUGAAAAUCAGCAGGACAAAGUCAGAAUAUUUAGCACUGAAGGAUGUCCAGAUGAGGUCUUGCAAGAUCCAGGAUGAUGAGCUGAAAUCGGUCUGCAAAUUUAAAUACCUGGGGUUGUACAUACAGAGCAAUAGAGGACUAGAAAGCAAGAUACAACACCAAAUAAAAUGUGGUUGGAACAACUGGAGGAAAAUAAGUGGAGUGUUGUGUGACAAGAAGGUGAGCAUUGGGUUGAAAGGGAAAGUGUACAAGUCGGUGGUAAGGCCUCCUAUGAUAUACGGGCAGAGACAUGGCCAAUCAUAG